AUGUAUAUUAUUGACGGGGAUAUUGAAAUUGUUAAUCUCAAAGAAUGGUCAUUAUCUAAAGUAACUGGUGAAAGUUAUGGUCAGAAACGGUUUUUGCAGAUUUGUUUGAUCAAUGGAAUGAACACAACUCUGAUUAACGAAGAACUACGACAGCAGUUACAUCUAGAAAAACAAACGAAUAUUGGACAGCAUUGGAUGAGAAAACAUGAUAGUUUUCCUGAUUUUUUAGUACCUAAUGAACAAUACUGGUAUUGCAGUGAAAUACAAUUAAUCUAUCAGCAAUGUAAAUAUUCAAUUGAUCAGCCAGUUUUGAUACCUAAUAUGUCAUAUCCAUUGAUUGUUGGACUAUCUGGUUUAUCUGAUUUUCAGGUUCAAUUAGAUAUGGAACGGCGUAUAUUAACUCCACUAACAUAUAUGACUGGAACAUUUAUUCUUGGAGAAACAUCAACAUCGCCCUCCUCCUCCAUUCAACAAUCAUUAAUUGAAAAAUAUUUAUAA